AUAAAAAACCGAACGUCAGUAUACUUUCCCUACACUUCUCUUUAAAAGUGACUGAUGGCACAAUGUAGGCACAUAUAACAUUAGACGACACAAACCUUUAGGUUCCGCUCAUUUUCACAUAAAGCUAAGGCUCUUGAUUCUAUAAUUAAGUUUUAUAUGUGAACCCCUUUUUGAGAAUCUCUUACAGGAACAAUAAACUCCUUAAUUAGCGUUCCUCUCACAACUCUUUAGAAAUGGUGACACCUUCAACUGACCUUCACUUUGUAUUGUUUCCCUUUAUGGCUCAAGGUCAUAUGGUACCCAUGGUGGACAUUGCCCGAGUCCUAGCCCAACGCGGCGCCACAGUAACAAUAAUCACCACCCCUCUUGUGGCCAGCCGCUUUAGAUCGGUUAUUUCCCGAGCCAUCUUAUCCAAGCUCAAGAUUCAACUACUCGAACUUCAACUCCAGUUAUCCGAAGUUGGCUUGCCCGAGGGAUGUGAGAGCUUUGACGCAGUACUUGAGUCAUCUGAAUCAUCCUCUAAGCUUUUUCGAGCAGCUGAAUUGUUAGAACAACCCGCAGAAGAUUUGCUUCGCAAACUUUGUCCUCCACCAGAUUGCAUAAUCGCGGAUUUUUUAUUCCCAUGGUCUACAGAAGUGGCACGAAGGCUUAACAUUCCGCGGCUCGUGUUCCAUGGACCAGGAUGCUUCUGGCUCAUGUGCAUGCAUGUUUUCUACUCUUCCAACUUGUUAGAAACCAUUGAAUCCGACUCAGAGCCAUUUGUUCUUCCCGGUUUGCCUCAUCGAGUUGAAGCUACUAGAUUUCAUAUUGCUGGUUCCUCUAAGGAUGCCACCGCGGAUCAAAAGGCAUUCUGGUCCCGCGCAGUUAAAGCCGAGAAAGCUGCAUACGGUAUUGUAAUUCAUACUUUUGAAGAGUUGGAACGUGAGUAUGUUAACGAAUUCACAAAGGUGACAAACACCAAAGUUUGGUGUAUAGGGCCUGUUAUGUUAUGCAACAAAGACGUCCGUGACUUAUCCGAGAGGGGAAACAAGGCCGCGAUCAACGAGCACGACUGCUUAAAAUGGCUCGAUAAAAGGGAACCACAGUCUGUUCUGUACGUUUGUUUAGGAAGUCUUGUGCAUAUUUCUACGCAACAAGCGAUUGAGCUCGGGCUCGGGCUCGAGUCUACCUACCAACCGUUCAUAUGGUGCAUAAGAAACAAAGCUGAAGCGCUUGAGCAAUGGUUUUCGGAAGAAGGGUUUGAAGAAAGGGUGAGAGACCGAGGGUUGAUCAUCCGUGGUUGGGCACCACAAGUGUUGAUACUGUCACACAGAGCCAUUGGAGGCUUCUUAACGCAUUGUGGAUGGAACUCGACGUUGGAGUCAAUAUGUGCCGGAGUUCCGGUUGUUACAUGGCCAUUUUUUGCGGACCAGUUUAUAAAUGAAACAUUCAUAGUAGAAAUCUUGAAAAUUGGCGUUCGGAUUGGGGUGGACGUUCGGGUUCUUCUAGGGGAAGAAGAUAAGAUUGAACCCCUGGUGAAGAAGCAUGAUGUGAAGAGGGCUGUUGAAUGUUUGAUUGAAGAAGAUGAAAAUGGAGAACAAAGAAGAAGAAGGGUGAGCGAACUUGCAAAAAUGGCGAAGAUAGCAAUGGUGGAAGAUGGAUCUUCUUUUAAAAACGUAUCGUCAUUGAUUCGAGAUAUUACUGAAACCAUUGGAACACAACAUUAAAUUUGUUGUUCAUUCCUAGCUACUUUAACAAAUGAAAGAAAAACCACAUACCUAGAAUUACUAGUUA